GUGGUGUAUGGUGUCUGUGUCAGGUGCUGAGCAGCAGUGUGGUGUGUCAGGGUGUGUGUGAGUGUAUCAUGGAUGUACGUGUACCAGAGUCGUCUCCGGAACUGAAUCUGACUUUACAGUCGUACGAACGGGGCAAGAUGUUGGAGGCCAGAUUCUUCAGGCUGGUUCCUCUGCAGGGCUCCUUUCUGAAGGUCCAGGUCUCUUCUACCAGCGCUGUGCUCAGCUGGACUGACUGGACCACUGAACAAACACAGCACGUGUGUGUAGAUGGUCAGUGUUGGAUGCUUUCAUCUUCUCAGCCGUCGCGCUUGGUGUCAGGACUGCAACCUGGAACACGUUACACAGUUACUGUAGAGCAGAAAACACACCUUCCACAUAUCAAUAUCACACUCACGGAGAAGCUGCAGCUGGCUAUAGAGACAGGCAGGUGUCCUGUGGGCUGGGUGGCGUCAGGAUGGAACUGUUUCCUGGUCAGACAGGAUGUACGGACGUGGUCUGAAGCACAGCGGGUGUGUGAGAGCACUGGGUCAGGGGUCCACCUGGCCAGUAUGAAGAUGGACACUGACUUCCUGUCUGUCUCUGCCGAACUCCAGUCCCACAAUCACCUGCUGCUGCUGUGGACCUCUCUGAAUGACCGAGGGGAAGAGGGUCAUCUGUGCUGGGCUGAUGGCUCCGCCUACAACCUGAGUGUUGCUGUAAUAGCAUCUCUCUCAGCCAAUCAGACGGACUGUUUUGCCCUUCAGAAGAACGCCACAGGACCAGGCUACUUCUUCACCUCUCUACCGUGUGACGUACAGCUUCCCUACCUCUGCCACACACCAUUGCUGCAGAGGUCUUUCUCUGGCCUGUAUGUGGACAGCGUGCAGGAGACAGAAGCAGUCUUCAGCUGGUCAGACAUUUCUCAGCUCCACUCGUCUCUUGGCUCAGUGCUCAGCCUGCAUGUUCAUGACCGGUCCGAAUCCUGUUAUUUAGUUCUGAAUUUUUUGCUUUUUACAAUAUAUGUGUGCGUGUGGUUUAUUUAUUUAUUUAUUUAUUGUUAUUAUUAUUGUUAUUAUUUAUUUUAUUUUUUUACAGGACCAAACCCUCCACAGAACAUCACUGUGACGGAUGUCACAUCCAGUCAGAUUGCACUGUCCUGGGAUGCCCCUGACUCUACCCAUGAUGCUUUGUUUGAGCGCUACUUCCUGUACUGGGUGGAUGCAGCAUCUCUUAGGGGGCGGGACUUGUGGUUGAACAGAGGGAAUCUCAGUGCUGUGAUUGCUGAGCUGCAAGCUUAUCAUGUAUACAGAAUCAGUCUGGUGUCAGUCACAGCAGAGGGGGUGGAGAGCUCUGAAGCCACCCCCCUGGUUGUCAUCACAGAGGUUAACCCUCCACGCAGUGUUUCAGUAUCAGCUAUCGGGACAGAAAACCUGACCGUGUGCUGGGAGAAGAAUCGUGACGAUGAGGUUGAUGCAUAUCACAUCCAGCUACGGCCACACACUGGACGUCAGGGGCGCUCCCGAGAAUUCUGGGUGAACAGCUCAGACUGUAUUACGUUGACGACGCUUGUGCCUGGUGAAACGUAUGAUGUGGGUGUGGCUACAGAAAGGGGCGGGAACAGGAGCCUGGAGAAAACCUUACAACUGACAUUAAAGCCACAGAUGGUCCGACAUGCCAUCCCGUAUGCUGUGGACAUGGACUCCGUGGUCCUGUUUGUACAGAUGCCCACGAGUGGUGUUUAUGAUGGCCUCGCUGUAGCUUCCAGCAGGAACCGCACCUGGAUUCCGAUGUCCAGCGGUACGAGUAAAGCUGUGGUGGCGAAUCUGAGUCCAGGAACGGCGUAUGAUUUCCAGCUGUUUGUCACCAGCAGAGGCGUGAGCAGUGACGGCUUCGGAUUGCCCCCGGUCAGAACCUGUUUGGCACCUCCAUUGCGUGUGCGUGCCGGUGUUGUGACAGAACACUCAGUAGAAGUGCUGUGGGAUCGAGCACAAGGCCACGAGCACACGUAUGAAGUGCUUUGUAUGGGCUGUACUGACACUGUCAUGGUAAGAUCUUUUGUAGGAGAAUGUGUGUGUGUGUGUGUGUGUGUGUGUGUGUACGGAAUAGGGGCUGUGUGUGUCUUGCAGGUGCAGAAAGUGUCACAGACUCGGGCGGUAUUUCAUGGUGUGAUCGCUGGAAAGCUGUGUAACAUCUCAGUGCGCACAGAGAAGGAGUCUUUCAGAGACAGUGCACCUGUUUUCCUCACCAUCAGAGCUUUCCCUAGCUCGGUCACGUUACUGCUAGUGCGGAGGACGGCAUCGUCUGUGUGUGUGAGCUGGCGCGAUGGACCAGGAGUGUGUAACGCUUUCAUCCUGUCUAUCCGAAACUCCACCUACAACCUGCAGAUGAGGCUCAGGGUCUCUGAUGAGAGGUACAGUAUGAACUCAGAAAUUGCAUCAUUGUAUAGUAUUGAUCUUUUAUUUCAUUCACCGAGUCAGGGUAAUUUUCUCAUUAGACGGUAUAACUUUGACCAUCUUCCUCCUGGGACUGUUUACACUGUCGAGGUGAUAAGUGUGAGUGGAGAGAGACACAGUUUUCCCACUGCACUUACUGUUAACACGUUUCCAGCACCUCCUGAUGCCAUCACCUUUAUUGAACAGGAAGGAAAUGCCAUGUACGUCACCUGGACACGACCGCAGGGACAAGUCACUGGCUACAGGUUGUUCUACAGGCUCAGUAUGGACACUUCUCUUCCUCACCGAGUCAUCGUCCAUGGCAACCACGUGAAGAUAAAUGACCUCAUCCCAGGAAGUGAUUAUGAGUUUGAGAUCCAGUCCUUCCUGGGGAAAGAUUUCAGCCAGAGUGUCAGCAAGAACACCUCCACUAGUCCGGCAGGUGUGUGUUCUCUUUCUCUGUCUCACGUCAACUCCUCGUCUGUCACACUGGCUUGGGACGUUGCCGUCGGCCAUUUUGACUUCCACAGGGUGACAGUCAGUAACGAUUCACACCGCUGGGUGUACAGCGUGAGCGCAGACACUCGGGAAUACACCGUGAGCGGCCUGCGGGACGGCUGCUCCUACAACACCGCUGUGGAACGAGUCAGGAACAUGCAGAGUGGGACAGCUGCCACUCUUAGCGUACACACAGUCCCUGCUAUUCCUGAAGACGUGUCUGUGGUCAGUGUGUCUCCUCGCUCGUUCUCUCUCUACUGGCUGCCAUCUUCCGGAUGUGAUCAGCGCUAUUCGGUCCAUCUUACCCCAGACCAUGGCAAUGUGACCAUGAUAACUACAGCAGAUGGACAUAUACAGGCCAAUGUGUCCAGUGUGAGUCCAGGAACACAGUACACAAUAACAGUCAGUGCGGUCGCCUCCUCGGGACUGAGCUCUGCUGUGAGCCGCUCCAUCACCACCUCUGAAUCUGUUCCUGCAGCGCCCUUUAAACCAGAAGGAGAGCGAGUGGGCUCGAAUGGAAUCCUCCUCUCGUGGAAGAUGCCGUCUCCACCUGACCUGACCAUCGACUCAUUCAUCAUCAGAUACAAGGAAGUGUGUCCACAUCCUGACCCCACCUUCACUGAGGUCAGGAAGAACAUGGACAUCCCAGAAACCCUGCUGAACACACUCUCACCGGGGGCCACGUAUAAUAUUAAGGUUGCAGCAAUGAAUAAGGCAGGAGUCGGACCCUUCAGCCAGUCACUUUACUUCAAAACUGCAGAGGCCCCUCCUGGCAUGGUGACAAAUCUCACGGCUUUUGCUCAGAAUCACUCCUCUGUGGAACUGAAAUGGUUUCUACCCGUACGCAUCAACGGACUCAUCACUAAGUUCACAGUGAAAGCCAAACACGCCAGAACAGGGCAGACGGUCCAGACUCUGGAGCUCAACGCUGAGGAGAGCAUGAACGGAGCUCUGCCUCACUGCAACGAUGCUGCAGACUUUCUGUCCCGUGGAACUCCAAGCCCCUCCAUAACCCCAGUAAUAACAUCUGCAUUGCCACCUCUCACCAUGUCGGCCAUUCCUCCCGCCUCCAUCUGGAAUGUGCCAAUCACAGUGGGAAUGGACAUGCUCCGCCCCUAUACUGCCUAUGUGUUCGAGGUGUCCGCCUUCACCAGUGAUGGGGAGGGACAAAUCGCCAGCACUAUGGUCCGCAUGCCAGAGGCUGCUCCUGAAGAUUAUCCACAGAAUUUGUCUGUAUGGAACAUAACCUCAAAAGCCGUCUCCCUGUCCUGGGAAUCUCCAGCCAUCAUCACAGGACGUUACACCUACAUCGUCCAGCUCUACGGCCCUGCAGGUCUCAUUAGUGAGAACAGUACGAGUGAACAGACGAUCAUUUACAGUGGACUGACUCCAUACACACACUACCACAUCAUGGUCAUGGCCAAAUCAGCCGGAGCUACCGGGCCUGCUGCAAAAAUCAACAUCUCAACACCUUCAGAGGCAUCUCUGUUAGCCCCCAGCGCAGUGUCGUAUCUCAGAGCAGCAGCUGUGGAUUCCACGUCUGUGCGUCUGUCCUGGGGAACCCCGAACCAGCCCAACGGACUCAUUACUCACUACCGUAUCCUCGUCCUGCACCAUGAGACGCUUGUACAGGACAUCAUGCUCCGAGCACUGCAGCAGAAUACAAGCCAGAAUGGUGCUAACACUGGUAUGUUGUCGGGAGUUUCCAGCGACACUUCUCAAGCUCUGCACCGCUCUGCCAGAUCACUUAACACCAGCAUGGCUACUGAACACACCGCUUUCACGCUCGUCUCCUCCAGUCUUACGAGCCUAACAGUCACUGAAAAACCCAACACCGAUGCAACAAACUCCCACUCCACCCUCUUACACACUGCUGGGACAUCCAGCCUGACACCGACCUCCACUGCUCCGCCCACCCGUCCCCCCUGGCUCGCUCUCACCUCCGCCCACAGCUCCUCGAUGGCUAACACUAACGCUGUGACACUGGAUUCAGUGGCUAACUUUUCACCUCUGACCUCAGGAUCUGACCCGAUACCUAUUCUGAGCUCCAUCCAGCCACGACUGUCCACAAGAUCGGCGAUCACAGGCCUGACAUUGCAGCCACGUGACUUCACACAAACAGCAGUCACGAGCCGGAUCGACGGUAAGGGUCGCUUUCUGCCACCCACCGAAGUGCUCGUCAACUUAUCGUCCAAUCACAUCUCCUACGUGGUGACAAGACUGAGUCCUUUUACCGACUACAACUUCAGCGUAUCCGCUUUCACUACUGUAGGAGAAGGACCUGCUAUGCUGAUCGCACAGAAAACUCCAGAACAGGUGCCUAGCUCUGUUCAGGAUGUGUCCUAUGCCAACAUAAGCUCCACCUCCAUCUUUGUCAGCUGGAAUCCACCUCUGAACCCCAACGGGAAGAUCACACACUACACCAUUUAUAUCUUCAAACUGCAUAGGCACGAGGGCCAGCAACAGGUUACAAACACCACUAGUAUCAUCCUCACAGGUUUGGAUAAAUACACACAGUAUAAGGUACGUGUGGCCGCGUCGACAGCAGCAGGCGAGAGCCCUGCGUCUGAUGAGGAUAACAUCUCCGUACUGACGCUUGAGGAUGAGCCGGAUUCUCCUCCAUACAACCUGGUUGUUUUGAACACCACGUGGUCCACUGCCACCAUCACCUGGUCUCCUCCUGAUAAACCCAACGGCAUCCUCCUUUUCUAUGAGGUGACCUACAGCAAUGCCACUUUCAACUACACGGUGAACUCGACUGUUCCCAGCGUCACACUGCACCACCUCAAACCGUACACUCUCUACAACGUCACUGCACGUGGCUACACACGGCUUGGACAUGGAGAUCAGACCUCCGCCAUGCUACAGAUGUUGUCGGGGGAAGAUGUGCCUGGCAGUCCUCCAUACAUGCUUGUUUAUGACAGCAUAAGCUCCAGCGAGGUGAAUGUGUCCUGGUCGCCACCCCUCGUGCCCAAUGGAGUCAUCUUGUACUACACUGUGGAAUAUUGGAACACCACACACACUCUGAAUAUCAGCACACACACGCCGUCUGUGCUCCUGUCCAACCUGCGCAAGUACGCACACUACCGCCUCAGCGUUCAGGCGGCCACUCGAGUCGGACUGGGGAACCACAGCAGCGAAAUCCUCAACAUCACAACUCUCGAGGACGUCCCGAGCUCCCCCCCGCAGUUCUUGUACUACAGGAAGUUGUCAGAUAAUGAAGUCGAGUUGUCAUGGCAACCCCCCAAGGAGGCCAACUCGGAGAUUCUGUACUACAUAGUGAGGGUGUGGAACUUGAGCUCUGAGUUUGUAGCCAAUGUGACUGAGACGUCAGUCGUGGUCAGUGUAGAUGGACCUGGACUGUAUAACGCAUCUGUGAGCAGCUGGACUCGGCUUGGGGAUGGAGACCCCCCUCAGAACGUGUUCUACACAUUGCUGUCUCCAAGGACAGUGAGACUGAGUUGGAGCCCCCCUACUCAGCCAAAUGGCAUCAUACAGUACUACACCAUUUACUACAGCGACAACAUCACCAUUGCCACUCAGGUGCACACACACACACACACACACACACAUACGCACUCAAACACACACACACACUCACAAUCAUACACUGCUGUCUUUCACAAUAUACAUAAUUCAGUCUCUAUACACUAUUCUCGGGUGCCGGGCUUGUUGCAGUGGGCAGAGCUGGACGGGCUGAGGGCGGGGCAUGAAUACAGGGUGUGGCUGAGCUCCAGCACGUCUCUGGGUGAUGGGGGGGUAAUCAGCGAUCCCCUAAACUUCACCACACCAGAGGACGUGCCGAGUGGUCCGGUCCAUAAUCUCUCGGCUCAGCUUUACGGUUCUACGGCUGUAGUGAUAAGUUGGGACCCCCCUCUGGAGCCGAAUGGUAGAGUCUUCUACCUGCUAAGCCUUCAGGAAGCGGGCAUAACCCACCCGUCCAUCAACCGCACGGAAAACCAGACCAUUACCAAGACGACCACCGACACGAUUUUCCUUUUCACCAAACUCAGGAAGUACUUCCCCUACGUGAUAACGGUUACCCCGGCAACUAGUGCAGGCUCCGCCUUAGACCACACCUCCGUACUGCACCUGAGAACGGAUGAUGAUGUACCCAGUUCAGCUCCCUUGCUGGGUAUGAGCAGGAAUCUCUCCUCCACCUCUAUCCUGGUGUCAUGGUAUGCUCCUGUGGAACCGAACGGGGAGAUAAUCGAAUACGCCGCAGUUCUACACGGUCCCCGAGGAUCCAACAGCACGUACACACCCAACUCACAGCUCACUCUUACACACCUCACCCCGUACACAGCCUACAACCUCUCCAUCUCUGCGGUGAAUCGUAAGGGCAUGGGACCCUCGCUCAUGUUACCUCUGCACACUGAUGAAGCAGGUCCAAUGUCUCCACCACGAAACCUGAGCAUCUUUAACCACUCUUCUGACUCAGUGUGGCUCCACUGGGAACCCAGUCUGGAGCCCAAUGGUGUCAUUCAACAUUAUGGAUUCAAAAUCGUGGACCUGAACACGAAUGCUGUUAUAUACCAGAACUCCACAAGUGCCUCUACUCAGGCAGAAUUACAUGGCUUCACACCUCAUAGCUCUUAUGAGAUAAGUGUGUCUACUUACACGAGAGCAGGCAAUGGAGACCAGUACAGUCUUCCUGUUACCUUUACUACCCUCGAGUCAGUGUCCGAGGCGGUUCGAAAUCUGUCCUGUUCGGGCCUGGACUGGGAUUCAGUCUAUAUGGAAUGGGAGCCUCCAGCAAACCCCAACGGAGAGAUUUUGCUUUACAAAAUUAUCUCAGCAGAUCACAUAGAGGAGGCGUUUCCCCUAAUGCUUACACAUAAACUCGCGUACACUUUCAGCGGCCUGCGUCCCGACAUGCUUUAUGUCAUCUCUGUGGCUGCUGUUAACUCAGCGGGUCCAGGAAUAGAGGCCAACUGCACAGCACAUACACUACCAGAAUCAGUUCCUGGUCCCCCAGAGUCGCUGUCUGUAGUGAAUAUUAGCUCGGAUGCUGUGACUGUGAGCUGGCUCCGUCCUGCCCGAGUCCCCGGGCUCUUACGGGGUUACAGAGUGGAGAGACAGCUAGUGUGUAACCUAGAGGAUGACGCUUCCUGUGUGGAGAGUGAAGUUUUUCUGUCGGUAAAUGUGACGGAAUAUGGUAGAAGGGAGAUAACAGUAACACUGCAGCCCCUGCGUAAAUACAGGCGCUAUCGCAUCAGAGUGACGGCAUGGACCAACGCCGGAGAUGGAGAACCUACGGCGUGGAUGUACAUACAGACAGCAGCAGGAAACCCUGACGCCCCACCAGUUGCUGUCGCAGCGGUUCCUUCAAUCUCUGGGAUGAAAAUCACUUGGGAUGAACCGGCAAUCAUCUCCGGCCCCACCUCCUACCUCAUUGACGUUAUUGCUCUGGACGGUUCUCAUCAUAAUGUGACAAUAGUGAGGAAAGCAGGAGAAAUCCAGAUGGUGGUCAUUGGGAACUUGACUGCUUACACUUAUUACUCCGUUACUGUCACUGCCUUUACUGGAGACGUGGCCGAUGCCCGCCGAGACGGCAUGACCUCUACACCCGUCAUCGUCAGGACACUAGAAGGGGAACCAAAGGAUCCACCCAAAAACGUGACCCUGACUAUCAUGCCAGAAGAAGUGACCCGUGUAUAUGUAACAUUCUCACCACCGGAUGAGCCUAAUGGCAACAUCAGUGCCUAUCAUGUCUAUAUUUACCGCGAUGGACGACUGGACUUCGAGAUCGACAGCUUGCCGGUGGUCAGUAACCCGAACAAGACCAUGACUGCUGUUAUACAGGGUCUUAAAGGAGGAUUUAACUACAGCAUACAGAUAGCUGCAGUGAAUGGAGCAGGAUUCGGGCCCAGAUCAGAAGUCAGAAUCAGCAUGCCGAUAAAAGCCCCACCGAUGCCCUCUAAGAGGCCAGCGGUAGCCCUGAACAGUGUAGGCGUUGUCAUGGCAACACACCAAACCAUCACUAUCGAGAUGCCGUUGUGUUUUUUCUCAGAUGACAACGGUCCUAUUCACAAAAUCCAGGUCAUCGUCUCUGAGCCGGCAGUGAUGGACUACAGCAAUGUGUCUAACUGGAAAACCGUGUUCCUCCACGCUACUGCCCCGUACGUGACGGACGAAGGCUUUCCAAACCCGGAGUGCUCGGAGGAUCCGAGUUCAAAUAAGGAUAGAACUUUGAAAAACAUACGUUCCAGGAUGUACGUGAUUGGAUCGGAGGAAGGAUGUUUCUCUGAGGAUGCACAGAUCCUCUGUAACGGGCCUUUAAAAGCCAAAACGUACUACGUAUUUAAAUUCCGUGCAACGAAUAUCCUCGGUCAGUACACGGACUCUGUGUACUCGGAGAGGGUCAGAACGGCAGAUGAUGGUCUUUUGACUCGGGAUGAGCAGAUCAUACUCGGAGUGCUCCUGUCUUUUUUCCUGGCGUUGUUCCUGAUCUUGAUUAUAUACGCUUCUGUGCGGAUCCAUCAGAGGCAGAAGGAGGGCGGCACCUAUUCUCCACGAGAAGCAGAGAUUAUUGAGACCAAGCUGAAGCUGGAUCAGCUGAUAGCAAUGGCAGACAUGGAGCUGAAAGAGGAAAAGAUCCAGCGGUACUCCUCCUUUUUCUUUAGGAGGAAGGAUAUAUUUGUAAUCCAGCUGCUCAGUUAUAGGAAAUCUCUCAAGCCGAUCAGUAAGAAGGCUUUCAUUCAGCACGUGGAGGAUCUGUGUGCCAAUGACAACGCCAAGUUUCACGAGGAAUUUGCUGAACUGCCAAAGCUUCUGCACGACCUGGCAACAUCGGACGCUGACCUGCCAUGGAACCGCUCCAAAAACCGCUUCACAAACAUUAAACCCUAUAACAAUAACCGAGUGAAGCUGCUGUCUGAGCCGGGGAUCCCGGGGUCUGAUUACAUCAAUGCUAGCUUUGUCUCUGGUUAUCUGUGUCCUAAUGAGUUUAUAGCCACUCAGGGACCUCUUCCUGGCACCGUGGCUGAUUUCUGGAGAAUGAUUUGGGAAACCAGGACCAAAACCAUCGCCAUGCUCACCCAGUGCUUUGAGAAGGGUCGGAUUCGCUGUCAUCAGUACUGGCCGGAGGACAACAAGCCGGUCACCGUGUUUGGUGACAUCAUCAUCACAAAGCUGACGGAGGACGUGCAUCCGGAUUGGACUGUCAGAGUGCUCAGAGUGGAGAAGCAUGGCGACUACAUGGUGGUGCAUCACUUUAACUACACGUCCUGGCCAGAGCACGGUGUUCCUGAGUCCAGCUCCACUUUAAUACAGUUCGUCAAAGCCGUCAGGUCCAACAGAGGCCACGACAAUGCAACCAUCGUAGUGCACUGCAGUGCUGGCGUGGGCAGAACCGGAGUCUUUAUAGCUCUAGACCACCUGAUUCAGCACAUCCGAGACCAUGACUUUGUGGACGUGUACGGCCUGGUGGCAGAACUGCGCAGUGAGAGGAUGUGCAUGGUGCAGAAUCUGGCUCAGUACAUGUUUCUGUAUCAGAGCACUCUGGAUCUGCUGACCAGCAAAGGCAACAGUCAGUCCAUCUGGUUCGUUAACUACUCGGCGUUGGAGAAAAUGGACUCGCUGGAUGCUAUGGAAGGUGACGUUGAGUUGGAGUGGGAAGAGACGACAAUGUAAGAGCGCUGAAUUUUCUGCAUUAUGCCUGUCACGGCUUCAUUAAGACCCUGAGUGAGGACGACUGGGGCACUGCGGCCAAACACAGAGCAAACACCAGGAACAUUUAUGAAGCCGACGGUUUGCACACACACACACACACACACACACAAACACAUGGCGUGUGUGUGUGCAAACUGUGUGUACGUAUAAUCACUUCAGACGUCCCCUGCUCACAUCAUUAACUCAUCGAACAGUGUACCGACGUGUAAAGUCAGAGGAUUAUAAGCUUUUCAUUUGAAUCCUUCCCUUCUGUUCGGUUUGGUUUAGAUUGACACCUUUUACAGUUUUACUUACAUUAGAAUCUUACUAAACAUAUAUUUGUUUCAGAAAUUUGAAACUCCUUUUCUCUAUUCUAUCGAACACGACAAACAUCGGAAAAUGUUAAUAUUGCAAAGUGUAAAAACGUUGAAAUAAAAUGAUCAUUAUUAAUCAUCGGAUUCCUACAUUUUUCAUGAUAAUAAUUAAUGCUACAAGCUGAAGCAAUGAAAGCGAAACGAUGUUUAAAGUUAAAGUGUAACUUCGCGCUCUACCCUCACGUUAAUGUCUUGUUUUACGUGUAUUAUGUAUUACGUGAUCGAUUUAUUUUAUUCAUACAUCCAGUACGUCACACACGGUAGCGGACGAAGACCCAGCACUCGUCAGCUCGCUAUUUUUAAUUUGUUCCUCAUUUAUUCAAUUUUUAUCAUAAAUUAUUAAGCCAAACAAGUGUUUAUGUCAGGAGCUAUAAAUAUACAGGAUAUUUUUGUGUGUAUAUUUUCAAAUGAAACAGUAUUUGUGUUUUGAAAUAAAUGCGAUUUUUUUUUUGUCUGAGAUAUGCAGUGUGUCCAUGUCAUGAAAAAACGAUAAAGAGCAGCUGUAGAGCUAC